CCAUCUCCCAAAACCACCACUUUCUCGCAUUUUCUCGCAUUUUCUCUCCCACUUUCUCACCAACACCCACUAAAAAAUCUCACUCCAUCCCAACAAAUCCCAAUCAAAGCCUCCUUAAUGCUUUCCCUUCACUCCACUCUCACUCCGCACUGACCCCAUUACUUCUCCUAAUCCGACUCCGUCGCUUUCCCAUCAGCAGUCGCACUUUCUCUCUGUAUUUUCUCGAGAAAAACAGAGCAUACGCCUGCCAAGCAUGGCCGCUCGCGAAUUCGACGUGGUCAAGGCCGAGAAAGCCAGAUCUCUACGCCGGUACGGGAGAGACCAGAGGCUGAAGGCUUUCCUCCGCGUCUCCGAGAUCUGCGUCGCGCUGCUCCUGCUGGCGUACUACUCCUCCGGGAUCUCUCUCUCUGCCGCGGUCACCGGCGAUUCUCUCGGCCGCGUGGUCGCUCUUUUUGCCAAGCCGCUCUCCGUCUUCCUCCUCAGCAAUGCUAUCAUCAUAACCGUCAUCGUCUUGUCCGGCAAGGACACGGAGCGCGGCCCGGCGUGCGAUGUCUACGACGAGUACCUCGCUCGCCGGAGGACCUUCGCCAGGAACUGUCCAGCGACGGGGACAUUGCUGGAGGAGACCGUCGUCGACAAACAGAUCGUACUAUACUCAUCCUCUCCUGUUUGCGAAAAUCCAGCUCUUACGGUCACGGAUCCAGAGGCCGAUCGCAAUAAGGCGAUUGUCGAAGUUACAGAGACCAUUCGUGGCGUUGAGAAACUACCGGCGGUCCCUCCGGCGAAGCAAUGCAGGAGGACGCAAACGACGGUGACCGUGAGGGUUCAGAGAGAGCUCCGGCUAUCACCAUCCAGGAGCGACAAUGGGCGGCUGGACAGGGCAGUGCGGCGCAGGAGGCCAUGCGCAGUGGAGGAAUUGAGCAACGAGGAGUUCAAUCAGAGGGUGGAGAAGUACAUAGAGCGGACAAGAACGUUCUUGCGCAAGGAGAAGAUGGCGGAUGCGAUGAAGGAGAGUUACAAAGCAAUUGGUUAUCAUUCUGUUUGAUGGCUAUCAUAGCAGAGAUAGAGACCGUAGCUUAGGGAAAAUAUAGCGAAGAGGGUCAAUCUGAAUUUGCGAGACUGAUGUGCAUAUGUAUAGUGAUGAAUUUCCGAUGAUGAUUUGCACAUUAGAUAACCAAUCCCGACCUGAUAUGUCUAAUUCGACGAAAGAACGGCACAUCAUUAUCAUGUAAAAAUUGUGCAGUCGCUAUAAAAAUUCGAUGUUAAUAAGCAA